UGAAUUAUACUUAGCAAACAGUGGGAGAAAAUAAUAUUCAUAUCCAUAUUUUUAAUACUAUAUUCUAAGGCAACCACCAAGUUUCUUCUCACUUGGUGGUGGGAUCGGCUAUAUUUUAAAGCAACUAAUUUACAAUGACUUUUCUUUCAUGCAGGGGAUAUUGAGUCCAUGCCUUUUAUUGAAGCACUGCUGGAACCGUAUUUAUGAUCCUGAGGCAUAUAAAGUUGCAUGGAAUCUUUUAAAGGGCGUUGAUGGUGUUCUAGUUCCAAGAGGUUUUGGUGAUGGAGGAAUGCAAGGGAAAAUUCUUGCGACUAAGUAUGCCCGAGAACAUAGUGUUCCAUUUCUGGGCAUUUGUUUGGGGAUGCAAAUUGUUGUCAAUGAGUAGAGAUUUGUUCAUGGGUAGACGAUGUGAAUCAACUACUACUGAAUCAUUUAACACAAGUGUAUAUGAAUCAUUUAAAUAUGUAUAAUAUAAAUGAUGUAUUAAAUAUUAC